AUUUAAUGAGUCGUAAGUUAGACAGUGUUACCUUUCGUGAGUGGGAGGAACAUCGUAACUCAAUAACUACUUCUCCUACAUUAAAACAAUUUAUAGAUUUUCUAAUAGGCAGAGCUGACUUAUUAGAUACUAUACAACUUGAAGAAACACAAAGACAGUCAACUUCACAAAUAAAUCAAAAUACACAAUUUACACAGAAUAAGCACAUUACACAAUCAAAAAAUACAAGUUUAAAUAAAGAAAAAAUUACACUUAAAACCACUGCAUGUCCUUUAUGUACACAAAAUCAUUUUUUAUUUAGCUGUUCUGAAUUUAGAAAAUUAAGCGUAGAUGAACGCUUAGAAAAAAUGAAGAAUUUCAGUGUGUGUAAAAAUUGUUUACGGCCUGGUCACAAAGACAGUCAGUGCCGCUUAACUCACUGUAAAUACUGUUCUUUAAAGCACAGCACACUUUUACAUAAAGAUACUGAACAGCACACCACAGUUGCCUUAUCUGCCAAUAUUCAGACUAGUAACAAACCUCUUACAUUGCUUUCCACAGCAUUGGUGAAUGUGGUCGGCGCCGACGGGAAACUACAUCCUGCUCGCGCUCUUCUAGACAAUGCCUCCACGGGGCAUUAUGUCACACAGCACCUGUGUGAGAAGCUGGGUUUGCUGCGUCAAAGCGUAAGCUCCUCUGUGACAGGUAUUAACAACCAGUUAUCAUACGUAGCAGAGUCUUGCACCUUACCUCUCGAGUCAUAUUCGGGGGAUUUCAAGGUCAAUCUUGAGUGUCACGUAUUACCUCAGAUUACCAACACAUUACCUUCAUGCAACAUCGAUAUCAGGUCUUUAAAAUUACCGCCUCAUAUUCGAUUAGCUGAUCCAUCUUUCCAUAUUUCUUCACCUAUCGACAUAUUGGUAGGAGCAGAUGUCUUCUGGGACGUCAUAUGUUCAGAUUUCAUCGAUCUCGGUAAGCAAUGCCCAAAAUUGCAAAAAACAAAACUUGGUUGGCUGGUUUCUGGCACAAUCAAGGCAUAUACACAAUCACAUAAGAAUAAAGCACAUCAAUCGUCUUGCUUUUUCACUCAGCGCGAUGAUGCCUUGCUAACACGAUUUUGGGAAUUAGAGUCGGUUUCUUCUAAAUAUAACUUAACGCUAGAAGAGCAAGCCUGUGAAAAAAGUUUCGCAGAGAACACUCGACGUGACACUGAUGGUCGAUUUAUUGUGACUAUACCCUUAAAAGAGUCACCCGAGGUUCUCGGCGAUAAUUAUCACUCGGCCAAAAAUCGCUUGCUAGCACUUGAGCGUAGAUUUCAACGCGAUUCAGUUUUAAAAAAGAGAUACUACGAUUUUAUGACUGAAUAUAGAGACUUAGGUCACAUGAGCGACACAGUUAUUUCAAAACCUACUGAACCUGAUUCUCAAAACCGGUAUUAUUUGCCCCAUUUUCCGAUUAUUCGGGAAAAUUCUACUACGACAAAAUGUCGCGUCGUAUUCAAUGCCUCAGCAUUAAAUAAGGGCAAAACAUUUAACAGCAUUCAAAUGGUCGGUCCUGUCGUCCAGGAUGACUUACUUUCAAUUUUACUGCGCUUCCGUCAGCACAAAUAUGUUGUUUCGGGAGACAUUGAGAAAAUGUAUCGAGCCAUUUUAGUCGAACCCACACAACGUUCACUUCAACAAAUUUUAUUUCGAUUUGAUCCGAGUGAACACAUAAGACCGUUUACGUUGAACAAGGUUACUUACGGUACAGCAUCUGCACCGUACCUAGCCACUAAAUGCUUGGUUUCGUUGGCAGAACAAUGUUCAGAUCCUAACGCAAAAAUUGCCAUUUCUAGGGACUUUUAUGUUGACGAUUUUAUUAGUGGUGGUGAUUCCAUAGAAUCUGUCAUUGACCUGUGCAAAAAUGUAGAUAAAACUUUACUGUCGGCACAAUUCAAGCUGCGUAAAUGGCAAUCAAAUAGCUCCGAAGUCUUGAAAUCAUUAACUAACGACAAUGCACUUGAACAAAUCAAUAAAAAUAAAACUUUAAAUCUAGAUGAAUCAUUACCCUGCAAAACUCUUGGUCUUCAAUGGGAUUGUAACUUAGAUCAUUUAUUAUUCACAAUUGACCUAGAUCCUAAAGCCAAGAAAAUUACUAAACGUAAAAUUCUAUCUCUUAUUAGUCAAAUCUUUGAUCCGCUUGGGAUUCUAGGGCCUUGCACUGUUCAAGCAAAAAAGGUAAUGCAAAACCUUUGGAUAGAUAAAUGCGGUUGGGAUGAGGAAGUGUCAAAAGAUACCCAGAACACCUUUUUGAACUUCAUAGAUUCUCUUAUUUCUCUUAAAUCACUUCGUAUUCCUCGUUGGGUUAGUUUUGAUAAUGUUAUUCGUUUGGAACUUCAUACGUUUUCAGACGCAUCGGAACGUGCUUACGGUGCAUGUAUCUUCGUGAGAGCGGUCGACGCAAAUGGCACGGUACAAGUUCGCCUUCUAGCUUCCAGAAAUAAAGUGGCGCCUUUGAAGCCUACCACAAUCCCCAGACUCGAGCUUUGUGGUGCGCUCCUGGCGUCUAGACUUCACGCCAAAGUGAUGUCAUCAAUCACCCUUAAGGUACACGAUUCCUUUUUUUGGACUGAUUCCACAAUCGUGUUAGCAUGGCUAAAAACGCAAUCAAAUCAAUUAAAAACGUUUGUUCGGACUCGAGUAGGUGAGAUUCAAGACAGCACACCUGGUCACAGGUGGAGCUACGUUCCAUCGAAGGAAAAUCCCGCCGAUUUAGUCUCACGCGGAAUUGCAACGAACAGUAUUGGCUCAUGCGCACUGUGGUGGUCUGGUCCAGAUUUUCUUAAAACAAAAAACAUACAGUUUCCGAUCAUACCAAACACACAAUCAGAUUCUACAAGCACACAAAGACAGGAAAAAACAGAAAUAGUUUUACACACAACGACACAAAGUAAAGACACAGUCACACACAUAAUUCAUGAAUUAAUUAAUAAAACGUCAAGUUACACACAUUUAAUUAGAUCUUUUGCUUUUGUACAAAGAUUUAUACACAAUUGCAAAUAUCCUAAAAAUAAAUUAACACAAACAUUAUCUACAACAGAAUUAAAAAAUUCAGAAACUUAUAUACUAAAACUCGUGCAACAACAAAUGUUCAAAGAUGAAUAUAUUUUAUUAAAGUCCGGAAAGCCUCUUCCAUACAAAAAUAGGUUGAGUUCAUUAGCACCUUUCAUUCAUUCAGAUGAGCUCAUAAGAGUUGGAGGAAGACUUAAAAACUCACACUAUCCUUUCGACAUCAAACACCCAAUACUCUUAUGUGGCAAGCAUCAUCUCACACAAAUCCUUUUUCAAAAAGAACACAUUUCAUUAAUGCAUGCGGGACCUCAACUCCUUUUGUCUUUUAUUAGACAAAAAUAUUGGCCACUGGGGGGGAGGAACCUCGCUAGACGCGUCGUGCAUCGUUGUGUUCGUUGCUGCAGGUUUAAACCGAAACCAAUACAGCCUAUGAUGAGUGACUUACCCGCGGAUAGAACACGUUUAGAAUUCCCAUUUUUGCACACUGGAAUUGACUACGCUGGUCCAAUAAUGAUAGCAAGCCGUAAGGGCAGGGGUGCGAAACUGGGAAAGUCUUACAUUUGCAUAUUUGUCUGCUUCGCAGUUAAAGCUUUGCACCUGGAGCUCGUCACGGAUUUGACAAAGGAGGUUUUCAUAUCAGCAUUUCUAAAAUUUAUAUCACGUCGCGGUAAGCCAAUGUCUGUUACGUCCGACAACUCGACGACCUUUAUGGGAGCCAGUAACGAAAUCUCAUCCUUUGUCUCAAAAUACUCAGACGACAUCAAGACAGAUCUUAGCAAUAGGGAUAUUGAGUUCCGCCGUAUACCCCAGUACACAUCCCACUUCAGGCGUUUACGGGAGUCUGCUGUAAAAUCAGUAAAAUUUCUUAAACUUAAACGCAUCUUAACACAUUUAAUGUACGAAGAGAUGACAACGUGUCUGGUUCAGAUUGAAGCUAUCCUAAAUUCCAGACCACUCACACCUCUUUCUUCCGAUCCUUUACAUGCCUCACAUGCCUCACUCCUGCUCAUUUCCUCAUAGGACGCUCACUCUUGUCGGUUCCUCGCCCAAUGGUCAGCGACACAAACAUCGCCGCCAUGGAUAGUACACGAAAUGGCAAACGGCUUGGAAGAGUGCACCCAGGACAGGACGGAAUGGCUCGCGUGGCAGAGAUCAAAACUAA